AUGUUUAUAGCUAUUGAUCAACUUAUAUAUUUAUUUGAUACGAUAAAAAGAUUCAAUAUUAAUGAUGAUAGUGACAAAGUUUUAUUUGAGGACGUUAUAAAAAUAUAUGUUAAAAUGGAUAUUGACGCAAUGUGCGCUGCACAAAUAUUUCAGGUAGAAAAUAUAGAUCUUGCUAGUUUUUUUGACUUAUCUGAAAACUUAAAUGUUAAUAUUUAUGUACUUGACAGUCAAACUACGCUUGAUUUAAGUAAUUGUAGUGGAUCCGAGAAUAUAUAUAUUGUAUUAGAUCUCGAGUCACCAGAAAUUAAAGCAGCAAUGGACAUGCUCACAUAUAAUUGUGUAUUAGUUGGACAUUGGAAUUUAUAUGAUAGCAUUAUGAAUUCAGAAAAUACAUUUUUUCGUAUGAAACUUAAAAAUAGACAAGGUGAAAAUCUAGAUAACCUUUUGAGAAAUCUCGGAAUAUCGCAAAUAAAAUCAAAAGAAUUUUUUUUAGAGAUGGAUUUCGAGACAGCAGAUAAUUUAUCAAAGAACAUAUCAGAAGAAGGACCCAAAUUAGGAUUCAAUGAACCAAUAUACGCACAAUAUGUAAAAUAUUAUGGAUAUAAAGAACCAUCAUUUAGUGCCAGCGAUAUGGUUUAUGCUUUACAAACACUCUUAUGGAUAAAAAGAUCAAAAAUCAACGAAUUUAAUAUUGGAGAAAUUGAUUUUUUUGAUGUUUUUAAAGAUACGAAUAAUCCAUGGUGGGAUAACUUUCAUACUGUGCUUGAUACGAUUGAAUGGUUGUCUAGACGAAGAAAAAGGGCUGAAAAGAAUAAAAGGAGGAAUUGA